CCAAUGGCCUUCCCGUAACGCUUUACGAGAUCGUCGCCACCGAGUUCGCUUUCGUGCGGCGUCGCCGUCGAAUGGCUCGCCCUUGUCAAACAUCGGUGCAGUUGAAGUCUUGUGGAGUGCAUACUCCAAAAUUGCCGGCGCAGGUGUCGGUCUUCAUUCUGAAUCCCUAUCACAGGCAAAGCUGCGCAUGGAUCUGGAGCCCUAUGUCUGGAAUCACUUUGAAGAAAAGUAUUAUGCCCUGUUGCUUAACUUAGAGAGCAGUCCCGUUUUCUAUAACGACUGGAUCGAAAAGAUACAGAAGAUGGCAAAGGAUUGCAAAGCACUCUAUUUUGCAGUGCUGGCGAAUGCAGCAUCUCAUAUCUCUGCGAUGGAUGAUUCUUCGGGCAUGCAACAGCUUGCAAUACGUUAUUAUUCCAUAUCACUUGAAAAUCUUGCGCGGUCAAUUACAGCAGCAGGCAAAUCACAAGGCUACGAUACCGUGCUGAUGGUCGUCAUCUUCUUGUACCUCCAUGGCUGUAUAGGGCUUGGCACCUACGAGGACAUUCCUUGUCACCUAAACGCUGCCAUAAAAAUCAUCAAACUACAGUUCCUGAGGAGGCAAGACACUGUGAUCAGAGGUACGUUCGAUCGGCUAGCUGUUGAAAGCGUGCUCUAUCAAAUAUUUCUCGUCACGACCUCCUACUGGUCUAAGCAUUCAACUCUCCCGCGGUUCGAUUUUGACGAUAUGUUCUGGCUUGAUUGUGAAAAUCUACUAUCCAGAUCCACCAUGUUCCCCGGAUCCUCCACAAGUUGGAAUAGUCCAGUUUUAGGUGUUCCGAUCUCCCUUUUCAGACUCAACAUAAGAUUGAGGCAGAUGUAUGAUCAUCCGGAUUUGAACAAUGAUACGACGCUCGCACGCAUGAAGAAGGAUGUGACUGAAUGGGAAGAGAUUAUCGCGUCGACUGAGCCUGACGGAACAGACAAACAGACAAUUUGCGAUGAUGGAAUGCGCAUGUACGUUUUGGUUGCCUCCUUGCUUGUCGAAGAAUUAGCUCGCAAGAGCACGGCUGCAUCUUCACAGUCGGAUUCAGCCAACAAGUGGCAGCUGAAGUCACUUCUUGAUAUUGUCAGGCGCCGUGAAGCCGAUAAACGAUGGCAUCGAGCGUUUGUUGCCAACUGGCCACUCUAUACAGCCGGAUUCUUCGUCACUUCCGUCGAUGACAUGCGCCUCAUUCGUGCGGCGAUGGAAAAGAGGCGGGAGGCAAGCAAGGUAAACGUAAUUUCGCGACUGAAGACGGAUCUCGAAAGAACCUGGGCACAUCGCGGGCUCUCCUAG